ACUAAAAUAAUUAAAAAAUAAACUCGACAACUGUUGCAUCUCCGAACCUUUUGCACUGCGCCGUUCUUUUUGCUCAGCGAUUCAGCACGCCCCUCCGGCGCCGUUUUCUGGUCAUCCGCAAGUUCUCUCACACCCGCCCGAAACUCCAACAUCCAGGUCAGUGUUCAUCCCUUAUCCAUCUCUGCAACUUCCCGUCCCUUAUAGCUUAUCGUUCUCAUCACAUCUACUACUGACUAUCAAAUUCAGUUUGUGUGUCACUUCUUAAUUCUUCGUUCUGUUAUUCUUUUAAUAAGAAUUAGGAUUGAAUUUUUUGUUGGGUUUGUGAAUUGAAAUUUGAAAUUUUGAAUCACAAAAUUUGGUAUAAAGGCGAUUAAUUUACUUCUUUUAUUUCUCUUGCUAUUUUUUUCUCUCAUUUUUGUAAAUUUAUUUGUAGAAACAUAUGGGUUUAGUCCCAAUACUUACAUUAAUUUAUGUAAUAUUGGGAAGAAGAAAAAUUGAAGUCCUGUCAAAUAAAGUUAAAUUUUUUUAAUCUAAUCUGUAGAUACAACAACAAGCUUUAUUCCACUAGGAGGUGUCGCCUAUAUGAAUUUUACAACGCCACUGCACUUCGUUAUGUAUCAAUAUAUUUCAUCCUCAAAAGGAAUUUAUGUAUGCAUUCGUUUUCAUCUUCUUGUUCUUCUGUUCUUGUUUUUAAUUUUGACGACAUAUUAGUUUAUGUUCGAUUUUGAAAUCUUUAAAUGUUUUUUUUUUUUUCUGUUUCUGUUUGUUCUAUUACUUGCCAUGUUUUCAGAUAAGUUGGAGUUGUAGACUGUGUUUGUCAGAGUAGAUCGGCAGAUCGUAUUUUGAUAUGAUCAUAUAGAUUUGAUAUGGUAUGGGUUCCCAAGUUCUUUUGAGCAAUUUUAAAGGAGAAAAAACAUAAGAAGUAUCUGCAUCAACUAGUUGAGAAUUUGGAUUUAAGCUAGUUAGUUAGAAGUAAAUGGAGUCGUUACCGCUCGAUAAGGCUUAGGUUGAAUUUUGUUUUGCUAUCAUCUGAACUGGUAUAUAGUUGAAAUGUAACAAGAACUCACAUGCAAUCGGCUGUUUUGCUGCACCUGGCAAUAGUGAAAUGGUUUGGUUAGUCUGGGAAAAGUGUCCCAUAAUAUCACAAAUCUACUUUUCAACUCUUUUUGGUCACAUAAUGUUUCUCAUAAGGUGUGAUUUCAUUCUUUUAUGACCCAAUUUGCAACAAUCAGCUCAAUAUGUUGAUAAUUGUUACUAUUUCAAGCCAAACUGAAACGGAAAACAAUUGAAAUUUUGAAAAAUAUCCGGUUUGUAUGGAAGAAGGUGAGCCUUGGCGCAACGAAAGGUUACUACUUUGUGACCAAAAGGUCAUGGGUUCGAGUCGUGGAAACAGCCUCUUUGCAAAGCAAGGGAUUCCAACAUUUGUUCAAGGUAUACUCAUUAGUGCUUAAUGCUUCAAUGGAGUAUCUUGGUUCUGAAAAAAGUACUUCUAGCCAGAUUGGGGACCGAUCAACCAGUGAUGUUGUUGUGAGGAUACGCACAGAGGAUGGGCGGGAUGAUCGGCUAUAUUGUCAUUCCCAGAUCCUCUUGGAAAAGAGCAAGUAUUUCGCUGAUCGCCUCUCUGAAAAUUGGCCAACAUGUCAGAUUCUUGACUCACGCAACUGCGUUGACGUAUACUGCCAAGAAUCAGAAUUUGACCACCAUGUCAGUGUUCUCCGCCUUUUUUACGUCGCAGUAGAUGGCUUAGUUGAUAACUUGUGGCAUGGUGUAAAAAACGCCAUUGGAAUUCUCCAGGUGGCUGUCAAGCUUGGAUGCCCACAAAUCAUAACUGCUUGUGUGAACUACUUAGAAGCAGUUCCCUGGGAAGAGUCCGAGGAGGAGGAGAUUUUAAAGAUCGUACCACGCCUGGGAUCACAAGUGGAGCCAAUUCUUGCCCGUCUUCUUCCAGUCAAUCACUCAUCAAUUAUGGGGAUAUUUUUGUCAACCAUCCGAUUUGCCACAUCGUCCCCUCCUCCAAUCAUGAAUGAUCUCAAGUCUUCUGCCCAGGAGCAGCUUGAGUACAUGCUUACUGAAGAUGAUGAUGCCCCGCUCUUAACAGCCGAUGAUGAAGUCAAAUCCGAGGUGAAAGAAUGUGUGAAUAGACUAUUUGGAAGAUUUAGUAAUCUAUUAGAAGCUUUGUUAUGUGAAGUAGAAUUAUCUUCUGAUGGAGGGAAGAUGCAGUCGUUUCAAACGCUUUUAUCAGAUCUGUCGUGGGCAUGUCAGAUAUUAACUAAGUUGGAAACUAUGAGGGAACUUGUCUGCAAUUGGAUGGAUGCAUCGGAUAAAAUAGUUAACGUUGUAAAGCAAGCAAGGCCGACAGCUGAACUAAUUGAGACAAAGCUUAGGAUUGUUGAGGUUGCAGCAAAGAUUCUAGAGGCAAUAGGUUACGGCACUGUCAUUUUGCCAACUGCAAAACGGCUUCAUAUGGUUAAGGUGUGGCUUCCUUUUGUGAGGGUUGCGAGACCAGUGAUCGAUUCUGCCACAACUACCGGUGAUGACGCUCCUACGCUAAAGAUGGAUAGUGAACUGUGGCAAUCCUUGGAAUCCACAUUUGUUUCCAUAAUUCUUACACUUCCAUCCGUCGAGCAGGCGGAGAUAUUGACUGAAUGGUUGGAGAAUGAACAUAUUCAAUAUCCUGACCUGACUGAGGCAUUUGAGGUAUGGUGUUACAGAUCCAAGGUUUCCAAAAGAAGACUAUCAUUUAUAUCGGUGAACCAUGAGAAAAUCGAUACACAUUAAGUCGUUAACCUCUUCACUUGAUCCUUUUCAACCAUUUUCGUAGCUACUGAUUUCUCGGACACCCUUUCUUAACCAAUGUGUUUUGCAAAAGCUUGGGGAGAUUGGGGAAAGACCGCGGGAAGUAGAUGGAAUAUUUGAAUUAGUAGCUCGAGGGUAUCAUAUGUCAUUUUCGGGUCUCAUAACUCCGAUGCAAUAUGAGAGCUUCCGCCAACAUCUUUGCAGUAUCCAUCUGUGACUGGCAGGCAACAAAGUUUGAUGCUGAGCAGUUCAAAUAUUUUUCCAUCCAAGUCGUUGCAGCUUGAAGCAUUCUCUGUGCGCAAGACUCGCUCAACGAUCCUGACCCUGUGCUGUGCAGAUUUGAGUUAUCAGUAUGAAGGAAGAAAGAAAUUUUCCCCGGCCAAUUGUCACUUACCAGUUUAUGGUGACAAGUGACGAGAAUGCAGAGUUAUUAGUUUGAGGAGGAGAAGCAAGAUUUUUCUGAUGGUACAAGAAAUGAGAUUGUUUGAGCGACUUUCUCCAACCACUCCUGACCCUUUAAACGCCAGACUUAAUUACUGAAUAUUUGUUCAUAACCAUCAGAACACCUACAAUGCUAUAACUUCACAGCUAGCUUUCUCUGAAACACCAUAUUCCCAAAGCUAAUUAGUCUGAAGCCAACGGAAAAGAGAAAUUGAAUGAAACUAUUUAAAUUUUGAGAUUCAUUGUUUUUACACCGCAUGAUAGUGAGUGAACUAGAUAUACAGACUUAGUUUGGUCGUACCAAGCCAACUCAAGGCAUAGCAUGAGGUAAUGAAACUAUUUAAAUUUCAAGAUUCAUUGUUUUUACGUUGCAUGGUAGUGAGUGAACUAGAUAUACAGACUUAGUCUGAUCGUACCAGGUCAGCUCAAGGCAUAGCAUAAUUUAAUGAAACUAUUUAAAUUUCGAGA